CGACAUACGUACACUCUUCCCCCAAAAACACCACCAAGGUCAACUCAAUUCAUGGCGAUGGAUACAGCACAAUCAUCUCCAGCACCCUCAGCACUCAUCUCAGACGCUCCGGCAUUCGCUGCUGAUCACACAGCUCCUGCACAGAGGUCAAGAGGUGGAAGGCGGCGAGGAGGAGGAGGAGGCGGUGAUCGUGGUGGAAGGGGCCAGAGAUCGGAGAGAGCGCAGGGCGAGGAGCGUGAGCAGCAGGAGCAGGGAGGCGGCACGGAUAAGGCGAAACCGAAACAGCGGAAUCGUGGGCCGAAGGGAAAGAAGGAUGGCGAGAAGGGCAACGCAAAGGCGGCGACGGGCAAGACUGACGGGGAGGCUGAGAAGCCCAAAACGUCUGUAGCGGUCGCUGUUGAGGCUGCGGAAGCUGGCGAGGACGAUACCACAGCAGAGGUCUGUUUCAUUUGCGCCGAGCCGGUCAUUUACAGCUGUGUGCCAUCUUGCAAUCACCGAACAUGUCACAUCUGUGCACUUCGUCUACGAGCUCUCUACAAGAAUAACACCUGCGCAUAUUGCAAAGCUGAUCAACCAAAUGUCAUCUUCACCAAGGACGAAGAGAAGGAAUACGAUGAUUUCAAGCCAGAGGACCUGCCGUUCAAAGACACGAAACUCGGUAUAUCGUUCGAUUCACAACAAGUACAGGAAGACACCAUUGUCCUUUUGCGCUUCAAUUGUCCAGACCCAACCUGUGAUGUCGCAUGUUCCGGAUGGGACGACCUCGGUCUUCACGUCAAGCAAGCGCACAACAAGUUCCUCUGCAAGCUCUGUUUGGCAAACAAGAAGGUUUUUACACACGAACACACUCUCUUCACCACCCGCGAACUCGACCUCCACUACCGCAAGGGAGACGUCCAAGGUUCCGGCGAAGGGCCAACAGGUUUCAAGGGUCACCCGUCAUGUGGUUUCUGUGUUAUCUCGCUUUACGACGACGACGAACUCUUCCGCCACUGUCGUGAAAAGCACGAGAAAUGUCACGUAUGCGAUCAGAUUGCACACGCUCCCAAACACCAGUAUUAUGUGAAUUACGACUCCCUUGAGCAGCAUUUCAAGCGUGAUCACUAUGUGUGUCCAGAGCGCGAGUGUCAGGAGCGAAAGUUCGUGGUGUUUGCAACAGAGCUGGACUUGAAGGCACACAAGCUGGAGGAGCACCCGAACAGAUUAUCCGCGACCGAGUUGCGUGAUGCAAGGAAGAUCAACGCCAACUUCCAGGUCGGCGCACCACCAGGUCGCGGUGGUCGUCGCGGUCCUCAAGCAGCUCCUGCACCCGCUGCACCAGCAGCGGGUGCACCAGAACACCUUAGCCGCGAAGAACAAGCGCUCAUUCGCCAAACCCAAGUCAACUCCCUCCGUUCCCGCGCCCCUGCCGGUUUCGGCUCCCAGCUCAGUGAACCCGCAGCUCCGGUUCCACGUCAACCCGUCGUGGAGGCCGCACCCACGGAUCGUUCGAACGCUAUCCGACCCGGUGCGACACAGCUCCAGAUGGAGUCUUUCCCACCAUUGGGUGCUGCGCCAUCGAAUGCACCCACGCCAAAGCCGAGACAGCCACAGGGGAGAGGAGAGGCUUUCCCGGCUUUGGGAAGUGGAAGCAGUUCUAGGCAGGCCAGUGUUGCAUCUACGCCGAGAACUGGGAGUCCCGUCAGUGGUGAUGUUGCUGCUCGUCAUGCGGCUGUACGUGAUCGCGCCUCUGCUCUCCUCGGUCACAAUUCGGAGAAGUUGGCGCUGUUCACGCAAAAUGUCGGAUUAUUCCGUAGUGGAACAACCUCGGCUACGGAGUUCGUCGUGACGAUGGGUCGUUUAUUCACCGGUGUCGAACUCGCUGACCUCGGCAAGAUCCUUGGACAGGUCGCGGAUUUGUUGGACAAGGAGGACAGGAAGGCACAGCUCCUCUCCGCAUGGCGAGACUGGAAGGUUAAGAACCAGGCUGAACAUGAAGC